AUGUCGACUGGCGAUGAUAUCAAAAUGACAGAGGAAGAAGCCUUCUCAUACCUUCAGGACAAUCUCCACAUGACGUCAGCGAAGCAGGGGCGUCAGGCUAACCGGGAAUCUUUCUUGAACGAGAUCGUAGUGGCAAUCUACCGCCAUCUUCCCUGGCACACCGUCAAGAAUCUGAACACCCCACAGGAGAAGAGGCACCUACCAACCUUGGAAGAAAUCAAAGAAGACAUGUACGAAGGUACCGGAGGCCUCUGCUACACACUCAACGUAUUCUGCAGGAUGUUGCUUCAAGCGUUGGGUUUUGAAGUGGCUUACGUACCCAGUGACGUCCGAGGGUACAAGGAUGUCCACAUCCUACUCAUGGUGCGUCACCUGACAGCCGAAGGAAGCAGUCACAUGGUGGACGUUGGAUCAUCGAGUCCACUCUUUCGCGCCAUUUCUUUCGACUUCGAGGGGGAGACGUCGCCCGUAUACCAGGAUUCCUUCCUGCGCUACCGGUUCGUCCGCCAAGGAGAUUCGGUUGUCCAGGAACAUGCUACCUCCAGCGACCCGCAUGCGGCUGCAGAGUUUGACGGGACAACCUCUGAAUGGUUUACAUACCUGACCAUCCACUACAAGAGAUACGUCGGGAUAGACUUCUUCAAAGACACCACAAGGGCAUUCUAUACAGUGGUCAAUCCGGACGUUCCGUUCUUGACCAGCCUGCGAUGUCUGGCAUUUCCUGACAAUCGAUUCAUCUGCAUCAAAGACACCACCCUACUAAAAGAGAAUGAAGAUGGUGGGAGUGUGGAGGAUGUCCCCCGUUGCUACGCCAAUGGUCACUGUAGUAGAAGGAUGUGGGCACCCUAUGGGGUAGGUCUUGCUCCAGCACCCUUGUCCAAGAUUUUCUGGUGUCCAUUUCAGGACAACUGA